CUUCUUCUCUCUCUCUCUCUCCCCCCCACCCCAAACAUGGGUAUCUCAUGGAGCAACACAGGCAAUAGCAACAGGAGACGAAACCAAAGUUACCUCCAUGUCCCUCCUCCUCCACCUUUCUAUUUCCCCCAAGAACCCUCUUCCCAUCCUCUUCCGCCACCGCCACCGCCUGCUCCGCCUUCAACUAGCCACCCUUACCCGUCUGUUUCCCAGAACCCUUAUUCCACACACCCUCCACCCCUACCGCCUCCAAUUCCCAACAAUUACUACUGUUCCCCACCCUUCAAUCCCUGCUGUUACUCAAACCCUGUAAUGGGUCGUUACCCUAGUCAAUACCCUCCGUAUUUCGCCAACCAGACUAGUUCAUGGCCCGCGAUUCGUGCUCAUGCCAUGGUGGCGGCGGCGCCUCAACCACCGCCUCCUUAUGUGGAGCAUCAGAAUGCUAAGAAAGUCAGGAAUGAUGUGAACGUGCAUAAGGAUACAUUGAAGCUCGAAGUAGACGAGCAAAACCCCGAUCAUCACUUGGUUUCUUUCGUUUUUGAUGCCUUGUUUGAUGGCAGUAUCACCAUUUUCUACUUUGCAAAGGAAGAGCUGAAUUGUAGAUUUGUUCCCGUAUUUUCUGAAGCCUAUGAGCCUGUGAGAGUCCCAUUUCAGAAGGGACUAGGCCAAAAAUUCCAGCAGCCUCCUGGAACAGGAAUCGACCUAGGUUUCUUUGAAUUAGAUGAUCUCUCAAAACCAUCACCAGGGGAAGAUGUUUUCCCUCUUGUAAUUUCUGCUGAAACAUGUAUGCUGCCUCAUUCAUCAGACAAGCAUGUUGAUGCUCCUGAACAAAGUACAUCUUCCCACAUGCAAAUUACUCAAGCCAUUCUGGAGAAGAACAGUAACACUUUCCAAGUGAAAGUGAUUCGGCAGAUAUUAUGGGUUGAUGGAGUUCGCUAUGAACUACGUGAGAUAUAUGGAAUAGGAAGCUCAGCAGCAGCAGAAGGCUUUGAUGAUAGUGACCCAGGCAAAGAGUGUGUUAUUUGCAUGACUGAACCUAAGGAUACCGCAGUUCUACCUUGCCGCCACAUGUGUAUGUGUAGUGAAUGUGCUAAAGCUUUGAGGCUUCAGUCAAACAAAUGUCCAAUAUGCCGUCAACCUAUCGAAGAACUUAUAGAAAUCAAGAUAAAUAAUGAUCGCUAAAAAGUUCUAUUCCUACAAAGUUUGAUUGUACGGUACGACAUCCUUCUUCGUGAUCUUGAUCUAAUUCACAAUUAUUUUGUAUAUUUCAUCUUCACAUUCUUCAUAGUCUUUUUCAUAUGUUGUGAAAUUCAGACCCCAGAUUUACUAUAUGUCCCGUUUUAAGAGCGAUUUGUAUAAACCAGUUGAGUUAAAUCUCAGAUUUCUCUUGUGAACUCUUUUUGAAGUACACUUUCUUUGGAGUAUUUGUGUAAACUAAUGGAGUUAGAUCUCAUAUUUCUCGUGUACUGUCUAAAGUACACUCUCUAGAUAUUAUAUAUAUGUAAAGCUUGCAUAUGUUGGAAGUUAACUCUCUCUCUCUUUCCCACUUUUUAUUUUUGGUUUUCCGCUUUUGGAAGCAAUGUAUAUUAGUGAAGUGAAUAAUAUAAUGAUUUUUUCUU